GCUCGCGGGGAUGAUUUAAAAAGCCGGACCCAUGGGUCUCCCAGCCUCAGUUUCAAUUCUUCCAGUGAUUCUUCCAGAAGACAGUCUCGUGCCAAAAACCAAAAAAAAUAGAAAAUGAUCUUUCCAGUGGUGCUCCUUUCUGUGACUUUCCUCGGACUUUUCUCCGCCUCCCAAGGAUCGGACGAGUCCUGCUACCUAUCGGAGGAACAGGAGGACGACUGCGCUGCCGUCUGCUAUCCGAUAGUCAAGCCAUUGCUGAGGUACUUUGAGAAGAUCAACGAGAAGGACUCCCAGAUAUUACAGUUGCAAAAGGAUAACUCGGAGCUGCACAAGAAGUUUGCGGACUCGCAGCAAAAGGAUCUGGAAAAAUAUGCCCACAUAUCCAAGUUGGAAACUGCCUAUUUGGAGUUGCAGAAGAGGCACUGGGAUGUGCAGGACAAGUUCCAACAGUUGCAGUCCAGGAUCCAGGAUGUUGAAAGUCUCAAAGCCCAAAUCAAAUUAUUGGAAGAGCAAAUUAGAGCCCUGAAUAAAACAAGUGAGCUGGCAGUAGUGAAAAACGGGGAGAUGUUGGCGAACCAACUUCGCGAAGAAAUUGAGAAGCUGCGGAGCCUGGGAAGGAGUGGAGAAAGGUCAAACCCUGAAGCUACCGCCCAGGCCAAAGGCCCAUCUCUUCCAGAUCAUUGUCCAGGAAGCCAAGAGGAAGAAAAGGUCAUCCAAAAAAUCCAAAUCGGAGGCGCAGACCCGUUCAAAGUGGUCUGUUACUCUGAUAAGAAGAGAGGAUCUGGUUGGAUAAUUGUUUAUAACAAAGUUCCCGGCUCAAAUAAAUUUAAUCGCCCGUUUGAGGAAUACGUAUCUGGAUUCGGGGAUGUCGGAACGGCGGAUGAGGAUGAGUUUUUCAUCGGACUCCAGCGAUUGCACCUUCUAACGAAUGGAGAGCCUUAUGAGGUGCAUUUAGAGUACAUAUAUUCCACUUCUAGAGACACACGAAGAUGCGACAACUUUGUCAUCGGCAAUCGAAGAAAAGGGUUUAUGGUGGAAAGUAUUGGCAAGUGUACGGGAUUUCAAUCGUAUGCUCUUAAACCGGGCAUAAAAUUUUCGACCUUUGAUCGAGAUGAGGAUGGAUUUUCUCCUGUUAAUAUUGCGAAGCUUAGGGGCUUUGGCUGGUGGCACACAAGAGACAAUUAUGCGUUUGGGUUUCCUGUUAAAAAAAUGAUGAUCCGAAGAAAGGCAUAAAAGAAACCAGCAGAACUGGGAAAUGGAAAUGGGAAAUGGACUUUGGAGGAUGAAAAGUGAUGGGAAAUAUCGAAAAUAAAUUAGCAUUAAAAAGGAACUUUUUUAAAAUUAAGCUUUAAGCUGAACUCUUAUUGUUAAAAAUGUUGGACUUCCGUUUUUUGUAAAAACUUCUUAAAAUAUGAAUUUGAAGAAACCCGCAACUUUUUUGGAACUUUCUGUGGAUCCUAUUUUCUGUAAACUGAUCUCGGACCACAACAGUAUAGCUAUUGGCUUCCCCUUGCAGACCUCCGGCGGCCAAGCACUUCCACAGCUCGAAUAAAUCAAAAGUCGAAACAAUUAAACAUUCUGCGAUUCGAUUCCCAGACUCCCUAAGCUCCGAAGCCCCCUAGCCCAAGCCCAACAACUGACUCA